GAAAAAUUAUUCGUCCUUCUCGUGUGAUUAACGGCUGAUCGAAGCGCGUCGAACGCUGCACUGAGGCGCGAUGACGUCACCGGGGGGCGGGGCUCUGGCCGCGAGGGGCGGAGCCACGGUCAAGAGGAUGAAGUGGUCUCUGGAGCUGAGCCUGGGCAACAGCAGGAACCGCGGCGACAGGCAGAGCAAGGACGGAGACGUCAUGUAUCCGGUGGGAUACUCGGAUAAACCGGUCCCGGACACCAGCGUGCAGGAGGCCGACCGCAACCUGGUGGAGAAGAGGCGCUGGGACGUGGCGCUGGGUGCGCUGAAGCAGAUUCCCAUGAACCUCUUCAUCAUGUACAUGUCUGGAACCACCAUCUCCAUACACACUCUCACACACUCAUCAUAAACGACAGGCUCUCAUGUGUGUGCUCUCGUGUGUGUGUGCGUGUGUGAAGCGUUUAAGCUGUUGGAGAGCUCCAGUCAGCAGUGGCUGCAGGGUCUGGUGUAUCUAAUCGGGAAUCUGCUGGGAUCCGCACUGGCCAUCUACAAGUGUCAAUCAAUGGGGCUCCUCCCGACGCACUCGUCUGAUUGGCUGGCGUUCAUAGAGCCGCCUCAGAGACUGGAGAUCAUGGGCGGAGGGAUGGUCAUGUGACGUGCUCACACACACACACACACACGCGCACACACACACACAGUGUGUUUAACAAGAACAGUUUAACCCCACCUAUGCUUAUAAUUAGGUUAUACUGAUGAUUUGUAGUGAUGCUGAUGUGUGUUGUUUUGUUUUGUAGUUUGCUUCAAAUUAAUAAAGUUUGUUUAAAG